UUUGCGGGAAACCUGAGGAGGAUUUCGGAUUCCGGAUGUCCCGAUGCUCACUUUGCUCUCUGACAGAUGAGAAGAACCGGCGUGUUGCUGAUGUGAAGCGGAUUUCCCUCUAACGGAUCAUCUGUCCCGGAGCGCGGAGGGGACAUGGGUCAGCUUUAUGGUGCGACUCUCUUACCAUUUGGCGCUAUCUGUGUGGUUUUCCUGUGGGAAUCUGGGGCCAGCUCCAUCAGGGCGACGCUCGCGGUGGACACCUCGAGAGCGGAGUGUCCUGAUAAUAAGAUCUUGACGGUGGAGUACCCGUGUGUUGGCGCUGGAGGGAAGAGCAGCACGUGUUGGAGGAGGAAAUGCUGUGACGGGUUCAGGUUUGUGAUGGGCCAGUGCGUUCCUGAAACUGUAGAUGUGUGUGCAGCGUCUCCCUGUGAGCAGCAGUGUACGGAUAACUUUGGACGGGUCGUCUGCACGUGUUACCAUGGUUACCGCUUCGACCGGGAGAGACACCGGAGCCACAAAAGUCCGUACUGCCUCGACAUUGAUGAGUGUGAGCAGCCGGACAGCAGUGUGUGUGAUCAGGAGUGUGUGAACACGGUGGGCAGCUUCCUGUGCCGUUGCCAUAGCGACUACAUCCUGGCACCGGACCAGCGCUCCUGCAUCCCUGUGCACAACUUGAGUUCCUCGGGGAAGUCAGACACCCUGAUGAGCGCCGGCAGCUGCUCCUUCACCUGCCAGGAUUUCAUCUCCAUGAAGAGCAGUCUGCUUCAGCUGAAACUGAGGCUGGGAAACACUCAGUCCCCAAAUCAGGUUCCUGGCCUGGUUAACAGCAGUGACAAACCGUCUCUGAGGACAGGAAAGAGUCCGGACAGUUUCUCAGGACCUCCAGGACCUCCAGGAGCUCCAGGGGUCCCAGGACACCCAGGGGAGCCGGGGAAGAGAGGGGACCCCGGGGACAGAGGUCUGCCGGGCCCUCGAGGUCCGAGGGGAAACAUGGGGCCCGUGGGACCAGAACCGGACCUGAAGCACAUGAAGAGGGGCCGCAGGGGGCCUGUGGGCUCCACUGGGGCGACAGGAACAGAUGGACUCAAGGGAGACCGAGGAACUCCAGGUCCCAGAGGUCCACCGGGCCCCCCCGGCUCCUUCGACUUCCUCCUGCUGAUGAUGGCCGACAUCCGUAACGACAUCAUCGAGCUCCAGGAGAAGGUGUUCGGGGAGCGGAGGGGCAUCACUCCGGAUAACCCAACGCACUCCAGCGGGGAGAUGGACUUUGUGGAGUGGGGCUCCGGACAGGGAGACCUCCUGCUGAGCACCUGAACCCCGACGUGAGAAACAAAGACUCUUUGGGAGGGAGAAUCUGACACAGACAGUACAACUGAGAAGAAGAAGUGACUCUCUGAACCACUCCUUUUGUUACCUAAAGCCGGUAUCUCGGCACCGAAACCGUAAUUUCGAAAACACACCGGUGAGUUCUGACUUGGCUUGUUGUCAGCCGGUAACCAGCUGCCCAGACACUUCGAGGGAAAAAGAUGAACGGGGCGUUCGGGUGCCGUGGGAAGAACCUCCUUUUAUUAAUGUUCUUCACAGUUAACAGUUAAACUGACACUGCAUUACAUACAACUAAGACUAGACACUUUUCCUUAUCUGACCACUUUCUCUAUCCCUCCGUCUCUCUCUUCAUACCUCCGCACUUCGGCCAUCACUUUUAUACACACACAGACUCCAAAACCCACAACCCCUUGCGGCUGCUACUCUCAAUAGUGACCGGCCAGGCCUGUAACAAAUGAAAAUUUGAGAGUGAGGGGAGUGUGUGAGGAUUGAGGUGAGUGUGUGUUCAGGACACAGAGCGAGGAAGAUUCGUAUUUAUGUCUGAACCACUUCAAAGGAUGAACUUUAUCGUCUGCAUCCCUUCCUCUUCCUGAGUCUGCAGCCAAUGGGAGCUCUGCAGCUCCCCUGAGGCGCCUUCAGGAGCUCAUUCAGGACGUUUAUGAUUAUUUCAAUCCCAAUCCUGUUGGACUAACUCAGAAAUGUUUGAAGUAUUUUUUUGUACAACUCAAGUUCAAGAUCGUAAAACAUUUAGCACAAAGUGUGUUCAUAUAUUUAAUUAAAGUGGACCUAUCAUGCUAUAUUUGAAUAAUAGAAUGUA